GAAAUGCUUGGUUUUCGCAUCAUGUCAAGUGUCGACGCGGUCAUCUACCGCGUGGGCUUGAUCCUUCCACUGAAGAAGACUCGGAAUGGACGCAUGCAUGAUCUCCUUACAAGCCAAGACAAUGGUGUCCACUUCAUUCACAUCGACCUCAGCACCGUCCCAUCUGCCCAAAGCCUCGUCGACACGUAUGGACCCCUCGACGCGAUCCUGCACAAAUUGGCGCACGACAUGGUCUUCGAGCCUCUGGGAGAUGCUGCGGCCAUCAAGAACAUGCAGAUCAUCCGUGACUUUGUCGCUCUCAGCCCCAACGUUCCCUUCAUCGAUCCGUUGGAAAGCGUGCGGGUGCUCACGGACCGCGUGGCAGUGUGCAAAAUGCUCACCUCAGUUCCUGGGUCCCUCUUCCACCUUCCGCGCUACGUUGUCCUCGACUCGACGGCGUCAAAAGACAAAGUGCUGUCCCAAAUCCGAAGCGGCAUAUUUCCAUUGCCAGUAUUGGCGAAGUCACUGGAGGCCUGUGGCACGGAUGCGUCGCAUGUGAUGAAAGUCAUCUCGCGCCUGGAAGACAUUGAGGCGAUCGAUGUAUCCAUGGCCCCCAUAAUGCUCCAGGAAUACGUGAACCACGGCGGACGCCUCUUCAAAGGCUACGUGCUGGGCGACGACAUCCUAGUGUCAGAGCGAACUUCAUUACCAGACUUGAGUGGUUCGAUGACGGCAGUCGAGUUCAACACACAGUCGCCGUUUCCCACAACGGCAGACUUCCAUGGACCUCUAUCGUCCAGCUCAAGUGGGACGGCUGCACCAUUGAACGAUCCGGCGACACUGUGGACGGAGGCGCUCGACAAGAGCGUUCAAGCCAUCGGCCGAGCGAUCCAGGCGACAACCAACUUGUCGUUGUUUGGUUUCGAUGUGAUCAUGGCGUCCAACACGAACGAGCUGAUGGUCGUCGAUGUCAACUAUUUUCCAUCGUUCAAGGAGAUGCUCAACUUUGGCUCCGUCCUGCGCGCCCAUGUGCGAAAAGUUGUCAAAAGUCGGGAGAAGUAAAAUGUACCCUUUGGGAUGGCUCUUCACUCUCGUGCAUGAAAGAGUCGUCGGGUUCAACGACGAGGGUGGGGUAUGUAGAGGUGUUUUUGCAUUAAGCCGUUUACAAUUGGCCGCAGUUGGCAAUCACGAC